CACACCCACAAAAAAUAUGUACACUGCUGCAUGUAAAAACAUAUAUUAUUUUGGCAGUUGGCGCCUUAUUUUUAGUUUCACGGUAGAGCGCUGGUGCAGUUCGGGUAUUUUCGUUCGGUCGUUGGGCAAACAUAUUACCGAUAGGGAGAAUCUUAUUGUAUAAGUGAUAACCACUAACCAGUGAUAACUAAGCUAAGUACAUACUGAUAACGCGGUCAAGGCGAUAACCAUAACCUGAUGGGAAUAUUGUUCAUAAUAUUUUUUUAUUACAUCCCAAUCUUUUGUGAGCAGAGAACAGAUUUUCAAAACAUGGCGAAAUUUUCUGCGAAUUUGGCUUUCCUGUUCCCUGAGAAACCACUAUUAGAAAGGUACCAUCUCGCCAAAGCAGUAGGAUUUAGGGCAGUUGAAACAGGUUUUCCAUUCGGUUUCACCAAGCAACAAGUAGUUGAAGCAAAAAAAGCAGCCAAUGUUGAUCAAAUCUUGAUCAACAUUUACACAGGAGAUGUUACUAAAGGAGAGCUAGGCUUUGCUGCUAUACCCGGCAAAGACAGUGAAUUCAGAGAAAGCAUAAACUUGACCAUUGAUUAUGCAAAAGCUUUAGGGGUCAAAAAAAUCCAUAUAAUGGCAGGAAAAAUUGAAGGUAAUAUAACUUCAGCUCAUGAUGCAGCAUAUGAAAAUAAUUUAAGGUAUGCUGUGGAUCUUCUUGUGAAAGAGAACUUGUUGGGCCUCAUAGAACCAAUAAAUAAGUAUUCAAUCCCAGGCUACUACAUGAAUUGUUAUGAUAAAGCAUUAUCUGUUAUAAAAAAAAUCAACAGCCCUAAUUUGAAGUUGAUGCUUGAUAUUUUUCAUUUACAACUAAUCAGAGGCAAUAUUGCCAAUACUAUAAGGGAAUUCAAAGAACAUAUUGGUCAUGUCCAAAUUGCUCAAGCCCCUUCACGUCAUGAACCAGACAGCAGUGGAGAGAUAAAUUACAAAUUUGUGUUGAAAGUCCUGGAAGAAGAAGGUUAUGAUGAUUGGAUAGGCUUGGAAUACAAGCCACUGGCUGAUACCAGGGAAGGUCUGGAGUGGGUAAAGGAAUUUGGAUACAUACUUUGAAUAAAUGGUAAAAACUUACAUAAAAUUUGUUUAUCUUGGCACAGACAUUCAUUGUAUAAAUUACUGUGUAAAUAUUAUUCUAAUCACAAUGAAAAAUUAGGUAAAUCAUUAAAACUUAUUGAGGCACUGUAAAUUAUCAAGGUACAUUAAUUGUAAUUGAGCCUUCUUGGUGCACCACACAUAUUAAAUGAAUAAAUCUCUUUUAAAUUUUGGUAUAUUCAUAGCACCUGGCUCAUACUGAGUACUGCUUCUUACUAAUUUCGUUUUACCGG